ACUGCGGUGGGAACAAGUUGCAGGAUGAAAUCCAGGCGUUAGGGGACCUGUUUUCCACUUCAUUGUUUGCAAAGGAAUCUACUGAAAUGACUUUGAGGAUCUUUAAACUGGAACUAUGUGGAGGGAGAAUGCACCCCCCCUUGCCUGUCUCCCUGUCCACGUAGCUGCCCUCCCGGGAUGCGAUGUCGCUCGCAGGCUGCGGCGGGGAUCACGGAGGCCGCCCCUGAGCCCGGGCAGCGAGGGGCGCGACAUGCCCGCGGUCGCGACAUGUCCUGCAGCGACACCGACAGCAGCACCGGCACCUCCGGCAGCCGCCGCCGCUCCGUCUCCUGAGGCGCUGGGGGAUAAAGCUGGCAAAGAUGAGGAAAAUUGGCUGUGCUCUCCUGGUACUCCAAGCUCUUCUGGCACCUUUGGAUCUUGUUCGUGGAGCAGAGAAAAAUUAUCCCAUCCUGAACAUUGCAGUGAUUCUGGGAAGGACCAAGUACAUAACAGAGAGAGAUAUCAGAGCUCUCUGGACCAGGGAAAUGUCAGCAGACCUGACUGUUGAUAUCAAUGUAGUGACCCUUCUUGUGAACCAGACUGACCCUAAGAGCAUCAUAACGCAUGUUUGUGACUUGAUGUCAGGCACCAAGAUCCAUGGAGUGGUUUUUGGAGAUGACACUGAUCAGGAGGCAGUAGCUCAGAUUUUGGAUUUUAUUUCAUCUCAGACUUCUAUUCCAAUUCUUGGAAUUCAUGGCGGGGCCUCCAUGAUAAUGGCAGAUAAGGAUGUCAUGUCCACGUUCUUCCAGUUUGGGGCUUCCAUCCAGCAAGAAGCCAUUAUCAUGCUGAAGAUCAUGCAGGAUUAUGACUGGCACGUGUUCUCUCUGGUGACCACCACUUUCCCUGGAUACCGAGAUUUCAUCAAUGUCAUUAAGACCACUGUGGAAAACAGUUUUGUGGGCUGGGACAUGCAGAACAUCAUCAUACUCGAUACUGCCUUUGGAGAUGCCAAGACCCAGAUCCAGCUGAAGAAAAUCCACUCCUCAGUCAUCCUGCUGUACUGUUCCAAGGAUGAGGCUGUCUACAUCCUGGACGAGGCGCGCUCCCUGGGCCUCACCGGCUACGAUUUCUUUUGGAUAGUUCCCAGCCUGGUUAGUGGCAACACAGAAAUCACUCCCAAGGAGUUCCCUUCAGGACUCAUUUCUGCAGCUUACGAUGAGUGGGACUACAGUUUGGAAGCUCGGGUGCGGGAUGGCCUCGGGGUUAUUGCCACUGCUGCCUCAGCCAUGCUGGAGAAGUAUUCCUUCAUUCCUGAGGCAAGGACCAGCUGCUACGGACAACUGGAGAAGAAUGACCGCCCCUCUCAAACCUUGCACAAGUUUAUGAUGAAUGUGACGUGGGAAGGCCGAGAUUUGUCCUUCACAGCAGAUGGGUACCAGGCACACCCCAGGCUGGUGGUGAUCGUGCUGAACAACGAGCGCGAGUGGGAAAAGGUGGGCAAGUGGGAGAACAACUCCCUGAGCCUGAAGUACUCGGUGUGGCCGAGGUACAGCUCCUUCGCCGACAGCGACCCCGACGACAACCACCUGAGCAUUGUCACCCUGGAGGAGGCGCCCUUUGUCAUUGUGGAGGAUGUGGAUCCCCUCAUGGAGAGCUGCCAAAAAAACACCGUGCCGUGCCGGAAAUUUGUCAAACUUAACAACAAAACUAAUGAGGGAACAAACGUAAAGAAGUGCUGCAAAGGAUUCUGCAUCGACAUCUUGAAGAAAUUGUCCAAAACUGUCAAGUUCACGUAUGACCUGUACUUGGUGACGAAUGGGAAGCACGGCAAAAAGGUCAAUAACGUGUGGAACGGGAUGAUUGGCGAGGUGGUGUAUCACCGGGCAGUGAUGGCCGUGGGCUCCCUCACCAUCAACGAGGAGCGCUCGGAAGUCGUGGACUUCUCGGUGCCGUUCGUGGAGACCGGGAUCAGUGUCAUGGUGUCACGGAGCAACGGCACCGUGUCCCCAUCUGCUUUCCUAGAGCCUUUUAGUGCUUCUGUCUGGGUGAUGAUGUUUGUGAUGCUUCUCAUCGUGUCUGCCAUGGCUGUCUUUAUAUUUGAGUACUUUAGUCCUGUAGGAUACAACAGGAACUUAGCACAAGGGAGAGAUCCCCAUGGCCCAUCCUUUACCAUUGGGAAGGCAGUGUGGCUGCUCUGGGGCUUGGUCUUCAACAACUCCGUGCCUGUGCAGAACCCCAAGGGGACGACGAGCAAGAUCAUGGUGUCGGUCUGGGCUUUCUUUGCUGUCAUUUUCCUGGCCAGUUACACUGCUAACUUAGCUGCCUUCAUGAUUCAAGAGGAAUUUGUUGACCAAGUGACUGGGCUGAGUGAUAAAAAGUUUCAAAGGCCACAUGAUUAUUCUCCUCCUUUUCGGUUUGGAACGGUCCCGAAUGGAAGCACUGAGAGGAAUAUCCGGAACAACUACCCUGAUAUGCACCUCUACAUGACCAAGUUCAACCAGAAAGGGGUCGAAGAUGCCUUGGUCAGCUUGAAAACUGGGAAGUUGGAUGCUUUCAUCUAUGAUGCAGCGGUGCUGAAUUACAAGGCUGGAAGAGAUGAAGGCUGCAAACUUGUCACAAUAGGCAGUGGGUACAUCUUUGCCACCACUGGCUAUGGGAUUGCUCUGCAGAAAGGAUCCCCUUGGAAGAGACAAAUCGACCUCGCGCUCCUUCAGUUUGUGGGAGACGGGGAAAUGGAAGAGUUAGAAACCCUGUGGCUGACUGGUAUUUGUCACAACGAGAAGAACGAAGUCAUGAGCAGCCAGCUGGACAUCGACAACAUGGCAGGAGUGUUCUAUAUGCUUGCAGCAGCCAUGGCACUCAGCUUAAUAACCUUUGUCUGGGAACACUUAUUUUACUGGAAACUUAGAUUCUGCUUCACUGGAGUCUGCUCGGAUAGGCCGGGAUUGCUGUUCUCAAUCAGCAGGGGUAUUUACAGUUGCAUUCAUGGAGUACACAUUGAAGAGAAAAAGAAAUCUCCUGACUUUUCUUUGACCAAUUCACAAACCAACAUGUUAAAACUGCUGCGAACAGCGAAAAACAUGACCAAUAUCAACCCUCCAAGAAUUGACUCCCCCAAAAGAACAGCUGAUUUUAUUCAGAGGGGUUCUUUGAUUAUGGACAUGGUCAUGGAUAAGGGAAACUUGAUAUUUUCUGAUAACAGAUCCUUUCAGACAAAGGACAACUUUUUUGGUGACAACAUAAGUGAGCUCCAGACACUUCCUGGCAAUCGACACAAGGACAAUCUGAACAACUAUGUUUUCCAAGGGCAGCAUCCUCUCACACUGAACGAGUCCAAUCCAAAUACAGUAGAGGUUGCAGUAACAACAGAAGCAAAAGCAAACUCCAGACCCAGGCAGCUUUGGAAGAAAUCAGUUGAAUCUUUACGCCAAGAUUCUGUACGUCAGGGCCAAAGUGCCCAGAGAGAAAACGGGUCAGAGGAAAACAGGCAGCUUUCCUUGAAAAGCCAAAGAUACCUUCCUGAAGAGAUUGUCCAUUCAGAUGUAUCAGAGACAUCAAGCAGAGCUACUUGCCACAUGGAAUCUGAAAACAACAAGCACCACAAAACCAAGGACAAUUUUAAAAAAAGGACAGGAGCAUCAAAAUACCCAAAAGACUGUAGUGACGUGGAACUGACAUAUCUGAAAACCAAACAGGGCUCUCCACGGGAUAAAAUCUACACGAUUGAUGCUGACAAGGAGCCGGGAUUCCGCUUGGACACACCUCAGUUCAUCGAAAACAUUGUCCUUCCAGAACCUGUAGAGCUUCCUGAUGUUUACCAAGAUCACAACGACAACUACAGGAAAGCCGAACACGCGAACAGGACUCCGUCACAUAAUGAAGACAGUCUUCCAAACAAUGACCAGUAUAAACUUUAUGCAAAGCACUACACUCUCAAAGAAAAAAAUACUUCCCUAGGUGACAUGAACGAUAGGUACAGACAGAACUCCACCCACUGCAGGAGCUGUCUCUCCAACAUGCCCACCUACGCGGGGCACUACUCGACCAGAUCUCCCUAUAAAUGCGACGCGUGCUUGCGGAUGGGGAACCUCUAUGACAUUGAGGAAGAUCAGAUGCUGCAGGACACAACGAACUUAUCACUCCCUGAAGAAAUAUAUGAGCGUACUUGGUCACAAAGUAGUGCUCUGCAAUAUCAUAAAAAGAAUAAACUGAAGAUUAGCAGGCAACACUCUUUUGAUAAUAUCGCUGAUAAGUCCAGGGAAAUUGAUAUUGGAAGACCUUCUCGUAGUAUAAGCUUGAAAGAAAGAGAGAAAUUUCUUCAAAGUAGUCCAUAUGCAAGCAUGUUUAGUGUUCCCUCAAGCAAACUGUUGAGCAACAAGGCCUCACUUGUAACUCAUGCUCUGGAGGACAGUAAGCGGAGCAAGUCCCUGUACGCUGUGCACUCGGAUGAUAACCCCUUCCUGCACACCUAUCGUGAUGACCAGCACUUAUCUCUUAGGCGAAGUCCAGCUGAUCUUUAUAAACAUUCAUUGCCAACAAGAGGAAGAAAUGAUAAUUAUUUAAGGUCAUCCAUACAGUCUACAGCAUCAUACUCUUCCAGGGAUGGUCGGAUCCAUAAUGACAUGUACAUUUCAGAGCAUGUUUUGCCUUACGUUGCAAAUAGGAAUAGCUUGUACGCAACUCCAAGGGUUUUAAAUUCCUGUAGCAAUACACGUGUGUAUAAGAAAAGGCCUAGCAUUGAAUCAGAUGUUUAAAUUUUCCAUGAACACUUUAUCUAUAGGGAAAGAAUAGUUGCCACCAUCUUAGAGGGAGAAUUUUUCCUUUAACGGUAUCCUGCUCUGGUAAAUGAUACAUAAACCUCUCCCUUUCCCAGUGUACUUUUGUACAUGAAUAGGUAAACUGGUAUGCUCUGAACUAUCCUUUUAAAAUAUGUCUUGUUGAAAAGGAUAAAAAAUAGCCAUUUAUGUAUGCUUUAUAUAUAAAUGGCAAGUUGUACUGAAAUAGCCCCAAUAUAUGUUGGCAACUAUGCUGUUUUGUACCUAAUUAUUUUGCUAUUUCGGUUAUUCUAAUUUAUGUUGCUAAGUAUCAUUCAAUGUACUUUUGUCCUUAGAAAUGUUUAAUGAUUUUCUAGUACUGGAUAAGCAAUAUGGUAUGCAUGUAGUAUGACACAGACAAGAAAUAGGGAUGCAUUUGCACAGAAUCAAAAGUAAGAUUCUAAAAGAGAACAGAAAGCUGAGACUUCCAAAAAUAUAUUUUAGCUUCAUAAUCAUUUUCAAAGCCAAAUAAUAAUUUUUAAAAAGUCCCCAAACCCCAGGACCUUAAUAAAAUACAGUGUGUUAGCACAAAAUUAGUAUGUUCCUUCUAGACUGACAGACAGUAGAUGGGAAGGCAGUAACCCCAAACAUGUGAACUGCUGUGUACCAAAAGGAAGCCCCAUGGAUAUUGGUUAAUGUUCAUGUACAAAUGCUUUUCUUAUAUUGCACAUGCACUUACCAUUACAAAGUUCAUUGAAAAGUUUGCAGUAAUCGUGUCAGAAAUUUCACAGCUGCCUAAUCCAGAGUAUAUAUUUUUAGAUAUCACUAUAUGGCACUUACUAUGGAGCUGUGGACUUUAUUAGUAACCUUGAGGCCUAAUGUGUACGUAAGUUUGCAUUUGCCCCUUACUGGUGAUUACUCAGGGCUGUAUAGUAUUUCUUUUAUUCUUUCACUUCCCAAACCAAAUCCCAACCCACUGUAGUUCUUUGUUCAUAGUGUAUUAGUGACUAAUUAAUUGUAUAUUAAUAGUAUUAAAGCUGUUAAUACAGUAUCAAACACCGACAGCCAUAAGUUCAGUGUGGUCCGUGAGGAGCGUGGUACCAUUUAUUUGCAUACACAGAGAAGGAUUAACACCUUUGGAAGGACUCCUUCCUUCCACAGUAUUGUGCAUAUUUGUUGAACAUCAGACCAUUUUUCUAACCUCUGCAAUCAAGUCUGUUAUAUAAAGUGAAUAUAUGCACACGUAACUAAGAAGCAGUAUCUUUAUUAUCACUUACUGAUACACAAAGGUAUUCACAUAACAGGGAUGCAUUGCUAUAUGACUUUUCCUUCUAUAGAUGUCAAUCAGAUUAUUUCACAAAUAAAAUGUCUGCUACACACCCCUCCUUACCCUCACUGGAAGAAAAAAACCCACUAGAUUUUAACCAUAAGGGAGUGAAAGGGAAGAGAGGAAUCCUUUCAGGAGAAGCGUGUACAGCUGUAAAUUUAAUUUCAACUAAAGAAGUAAAUAUAAUUUCUAAUAUAUUUAACUACUGAAAGUGUUCCAGAGGUGGUGCUCUCCCAUUUUCCUGCUACUCUGAGAAUUGCUUUAGGAUUUUUGUGUAGAGGAAAUUUAGAUUAUUCAAGCAUUAUUCCCUCCAGUUUACUGAAUAACAGUGAGCAGGGAAACUAUUACCACUGUGAAUUGGAAAAUGUGAAUAUUAUCCUAACUUUUCUCUAAACUGAAACUCUUUUCAGCAGAAUUGUGCCUGUCAGCUGUAAUUGAAGCAUCUGCAUGCCAGAGGUGCAGUAUGCAAUGUGUUUAAUUUAGAACAGCAUACUGCAGAGCAGAGUUGCAAAGGGGAGAUAAUAUAAAUGAUGUGUAGGGAUAGUCAAAAUAAAACUUCUUGAAUUUUGUUUACAGCUUUUUUUUAAAUUAUUAUUAAACAGAUUUAAACUGACUUUGGCUAUCAAAGUCUAGAAUGAGUUCUUGGUAUUUGCAAAUGUAUUUGUACCUUCACCAUGAUGGUGAAGGAUAAUAUUUUUUAAGGAAUGAAAUGUAAUGAGAUUUGGGCUUCCGAGUCUCAUUCCAGCUUCCAAAAAUUUCAGUAUACUUUAUUAUAAGUACAAUCAGAAAGCAUAUCUAUGGGUAUCUCUAUGCUGUUCAGGUAAAAAUAUGUUUUGGGUAUUCUUUGUUCAACAUUUGGUCAUAAUUAUUGGCCCUGAUUCACAUGGGAUGCUUUCUGGUUCCUCACUGGAGGGAGUUUUUAUAAACAGAAGUUCCUUACCUGCCCUUAGAAAGACUCAGAUUUCUUAGGAAGAGUUUUGUGAGCUCAGCAGGGUUAGGAUGUCUGUGGGAUGAACACUACCUGGCACAAACCCAAACCUUUUCCCAAAGACACAAGUGUGCUUUGCUCUUAGGUCUACAGGAAGGCACAUGCACAGAAGGCAUAGAGUUGUAAUGACAGUAAUAAAAAUAUUCCAGGCAAAUUUUAGUAUCCAGUCCAAAUUAUAUUAACUAAAAUCUGAAGUGUUUUGAACUAUCUGCUGUGUUUCAGCAGACAUGAUAUGUGCUGAUGUCAUGCCAAAUCCUGCCAUGGAAGUUGCUGAGCAUUUUACCAAGUAAAUCAUAAAACUCAGUGGUGGCUCUUGUCUUUCACAUCAUCAUAAAGCUCUCAAGUAUUUGUUGAUCGCUCCAAGUCUUUUGUAUCAUCAUCUCUAUCUAACCAGACACACAUUAUUCGAUAUUUAUACAAGUACUGUAUGUCAAGUUGUGGGAAACAAAAGUUCCCAUUUACAUUUUCUCUCUUGAGAUUCAGUUGUAAACAUCCUCAACCCAGGUGGAUUUAUCUUUCUGUGAAAUGUACAAGCAAAUUAGCUACAUCAAAAUAUAUUGCAGUGUUUGCUUUUUCUGAUUUGAGCAGAUUUCUGGUGACUGUAGAGAUUUAUUAUUAUUAUCUGCAAUAUGCAAUACGACCACCUGCCCUAAACCCAAAUAAAGAGGCUGAGGGAAGACUUGACAAUGUUGCACAGCAGUUGUUCACAUGGAAAUAUAAGAUGCUGCCUUUAAAGGGAGAGGAAAAAAACCCACCAGAUACUGAAAGCAGAGGGAGUAAGAGUCUGCAUGCAUUUGUUGUUUUGAUCUUGGCAUAAAUCUGAGUCCAUAGGGGGGCAGGAGAGCUGAGGCAGGGCCGUGGGCAGUAGCCGGCGCGGUUGCGGAUGUGCUCGUGUAAAGAAGAAGCAGCUGAGAAGUUGAAGAAAAAUCUUCAACAGAGCCACAAGCCACAGCUUGUGAGGCUCAGCCGUAGAGCACGUGGAAUUCUGAGUUUUGCCUGAGCUUUGUUGAUGUAUUUGCACUGACUUUCAAUGAAACUGAGAUCAAGACUUUCUGUAUUUCCCUCUCUCUCACUCUAGCUGCUGCUAUACUUGAAGAGGAGAAAAGAAUCUUCCUGCAUAAGUGGCCAUCCUUUGUGUACCUUUCUGGAUGGUGCUGGUGACUUGUUACAUUUUCCUGAUUACAGCUCUAGCAGUUUGUUGGUCAUUCCUGUCACCAAGAUCCCCUGUGGCUCCAGCUGGAACUGAAUCAGGCUGUAAAUGAUUUGGGCCAUUCUUGGUAGCAUGUCCUGUAGUGUUACACUGCUCCUGGACGACACCUUUUGUGGAGGCAGGAUAUUGAAUUGCUGAGGAAUGCAGUAGGUACAUGGAGGUAAAAACAGUUACAUAGACAUACCUGCCUCUUGCUUUUUUUCCUCUUUUAAAGAUAUUGUAGAGUUUCUUCAUGUUUUUGUCUUUCCCUUUUCACCACAGUAAAUUUACCUUUUUUCUCUCAAAUAGAUUUUGUGUUCUGCUUGUGUUUCUUAGAACAGUGUAGCCACCCACUAAUUUAAAAGCAUGGAAAUAAGAUAUUUUAAUAUAUAAGAUAAAACUAAGGAAAAUUAAGACAUUUUGCAUUUCUGGAAAAUUUAAUGUUUUUGCAGCUUUGCUCAGAAUUCAUUACUCUGUUAUUUAAGAAGCUUGGUUAGGAGAAAGAAUGCUGUGGACAAACAGAAAUGAAAUCACCACCAGCUCACCGUGUUUUGGCAGCAUCUCAUAAAUACAUGUCUCUUUAUGGUCUUUCAGGAACACUUAGGUGAAAUAAGGCUCACAAGGGAAAUCAGGUGUGGUUUAUUUUUCCUGAUGAAAGCAAAUGUUUUUAUACAGUUUUAAAGCAAGCAAAAGCUGGAGCUGUGUGAGUAGCUUAGGGUUUCUGUGCUGGAAGGCUAAGCUCUUUCUGUUACCAGUGGGAAGAGAGAGAGAGAAAGAAAGAGAAAGCAGAAAGGGUGGAAGUUCAGAGGACUGAAGGCUCUGGAGCAGUUAUGUGGGGGAUGUGUCCAGAAAUAUAUUUCCUCUCUCUGUUGACUUUUUAGAAAGUACAGGCUCCUAACUCCAACAUCUCAGUUAGGUAGGCUUAGAAAAGCAAUUUAUUCCCAGCCUCAAAAAUCUGCCAGGUAAAUCUGCCAGGUUCAGCCUUGGAGGUGUUACAUGUUCCUGUGCUCAUGCAAAUAGGAGUUUUUGUGUGGUUUCCAGUACCCCUUGCAUAGUUGGGAUAACCAUUUGCUUUAUACCAUGUGACUACCCAGCAUGGGAGAAAAGUGUCGGGAUCUAUUCCUUAUGGAAUAACUUGCUAUUUUCAUAUUUCUUCAGUGUAGCAUAUGCACCUUAGGGAUGGGGAAGAUUUUGUACUGUUCCCUCCCUUGCUGGGUUUGUCAAUGAAAAACAGAAAUUUUGUCACAAAUCUGAGAAUCUGCCUGGAUUUAGGAAGAAUUCAAGAGGUGAAUUUUUUUGUUGUUACGUUGCAUUUAAGAUGUAUAAAACCUAGUGAAAACAGAACUUUUGUGAAAAAAUCAUCUCCUACUUGAUAUAAAAGAAUAACUAUCCUGUGACUUGGCUAGAUUGUGUCAAGUGUUAAUCAUCACAUCGUGUGCUUCUUUCAAGAUGAGUGUCAUACAUUCCCUCACUAAACUUUCCCAGCCCUGGUCCUAUCUUAGCUCAAAAGUCCUUUCCAAGCAGUCCUUUUCCUGUGUAGUGCAGUCUGGUUUGCAACAUAAAAACAGUUUUCCAGGCAUAGACUUAAAUUAUUUUCUUACCAAUGAUUUUUUUUAAUUGUUAAUCUAAACUUCCUUUCUAUUGAGAGCUGAGCCUUCCAAACUUAGCAGUGCUGAAGGAACUUCUGAAAGAACAUAAAGGCCUUUGAAAGUGUGACUUACAAUAUGAGCCAUUUCCCUGCCCAAACCCACCUGUGCUGUCUUAUUUAAAUGUGUUGGCAACAUGUCAGUGUUUGAGGGAGCUCAGUUUAAUCACAGCUGUGUAUUUCUUUGUGAUGUGGAUGGAAGUGCAGACAGGAACGUGGUGUGGUGGAGGAAAGGCUCGAUGUGCUCUGGCUGGAGUCACCUGUGAAGCUGUGGUUAAAUGGGAGCAGCCUCCCCUCCGUGCUGUCUCUUCCAUGUUUGUGGUGGUGCAGAGUGUCUGUGUGACGUGUCCAUCCAUCUGUGUGACGUGUCCAUGUGUGACACUCCUGCCCAGCUCCCCAGCUGUCCCCUGGAGCUCUCCAUGCUCGCGCCCAUUCCCGUCUCACAGCGCUGUCAGAGGGACGUGGCUGCUCCUGCUCUCUCUGCCCGACUCAAGGGGAGCUGCAAUCCUGCCCUGCUUCUCCCUGUUCUGCUGGGGAGGGUUCCUGCACUCUCUGUAAAUAAGCUCUUCAUUUAUUUCCCUCAUUCAAGCUAUAACAUUUUUUUUCCCCCUGCUUCUCUCGAUCUGUGUACAGAGUAUGCGCUCUAAAAAUAUGUGCUCUUCCAAAGUCCUGCAGCUUUGGAAGCCAGGAAUACAGGUGUGCAUCACCCUGCAAUGCAGUGAAAAUGCACUUGGUUCUCCUCGUGGGAUCAUCAGCUUUUUUUGUUCCAUACUGCAGAAUGUAUCUGCCAUGGUUGAAACUGUUCUUUCUUUAUUUUUUUUGUUUUAAUUUCUGCCAUUCUAACAGCUGUAAGAAUCCACUGCUGAUUUUGUGAUGGUUUUGUCAUAUCUAUAAUUUAAGAACCAGAAAUAAUGUAAGUAAAAAUAAGUGACCUCACUAUUUACCAGGUUUUUGUUGUUUUGCGCUGAAAUGACAAUUUUUACUCCUUUUGCUUAAUUCUUUACCUGUAUUGAAAACAAGGCUAAAUUAGUAGAGAAUAUAGCCAUGCUGUAACAUUGUCAUGCAAUACCUUUAUUAAUAGAUAACCACACUAAAUAUAGUAUUACAUAUUUAAAAGAGAGAUGGUUUCGACUCUCCAACUCUUAAAAAGUAGUGGUGAUAAGCAGUUAUACUCCUAGAUGUUCUGUCCUUUCCCUUUUGUAUUAGUAUUUGUUUUCACUAAUAUAUUUCAAAAAUUAUAUUUCUGUGCACGUUAGAAAACUGUGAAAAUAAAUACCAAUAAAUAUUGUGAUACUUAUUCAAUGCACUGUAAAAUUCCAAGUGAGAUGAUACUUUGCUUGGGAAUUGAUGAAAGUUUCCUCACUUCUCAGAAAUGGUACUAAGCUUUAAUGUGGGAAAAUGGUAAUAUUUACAGUGACAUGAAAUUUUAAUGGAGAAUGUCUUGGUUUGCACUUCUGGUACUAUUAGAAGAAAUGAUAUGUUUUUCUCAGCAAAUGCAUUAUGAUUUUUAAAUUUGUUUUGUGCAUUGCAGUACGUAAGAAUAACCGCUUUGAAGAGAUUUGUGUUACUUCAUUACAACAGCAUUCUUUUGUCUGAUAAUUUCUUUUCCUGAGCCUAUUUAAUGAUGGUGUUUAAUCCCAAAAACCUUUCUGGGAAUGUAUUUUGGCUUCUGUCUCACGUUGCAAACCCUGAACUUGGACUCGUAGUGAUGCAGUCGAAGGCCCUGAGGAGGCUGCUCUGCCUUUCUGCGCUCCUGGGGACGGGCACCUUCCUUGUUCCCAGCUGGGACGGGAUUAGAGGAGUCCAGAACACUUUUGGAGGAUGUGCUGUGCAACAAUAGAAGUGUAAAUGAUCUUCAAAAGUGAAAAUAAUAAAGAAAUUGGAGGUUCACAGUUAGCCACACUAGUGGGGGAGGUCUGUGACAGGGGUCUGCAGUUUCUGGAGGAGAUGAUAAUUUUUAACUAAAGUAAUUUUGAAUUCUACUUAAGUUUCUGAAAGUAACUGAAAAAGCGGGAGUUUUCUUUUUCUUUUAAAGCCAAAGUCUUCAUGUUUUCAUACGAGGUUUCACAGGAAAAUGGGCCAAAGAAUACAAUUAAAUAUGCAAAUGGUUAAUCCUAUAGAAAAGGGUAUCCUGUUAUCUUGAUAUGCACAAGCAUAUCAAUGGUAAUAGGAACAAUGUGUGUAAUUUUCCUGUAUAUUGCUAUGUAGGUUGCACUAUUUUGAAUGACACAAGCCUGAUAUUUUGAUUACCAAAUACCAUGAGAUGCUGUUUAUUAAUAGUUUAAACUUGUUAACCUAAAUAUAUAUACAGUAUACCCAGGCGUGCGUGCAUCCACCUUCCAGCCCAGUCAUGCGUGAGUAAUCUCCCAGAGCUUGGGACACAUCUCAGCAGUGCUCGAUUUUCAGUGGUUUUCUCCUUUCCAAACCUCCUACAUCCAGAAAUCCUCUUGCAGCGUUUGUUGUAGUGUUUGAUACUGGGUAAAGAAGGAGCUAAAGGACUCUUAAUUUGUGCUAGGACACAGGAAAACAUUCAUUCUUCCUGUCCAGAAGAGAGGGAACCGAUGCUUGCUGUAGUACCCAGGCCUAGGGGAAGGAUGGCUUUUCAUGCUGGUUCAAAAAUCUUGGCCAGAGAGGCUCUGCUGGCCUGGUGACUGAAGUUAAACUCAGUGUCAGCUCACAUGAUGCACAUCUGGUCCUUAAACACGUUACUGAAGGCAGCUGAGGAAGGAUCCUCCAGCACCAAGCUCCCAGGGAGGGCAGCUGGGGUGUGCCCCAGUGCCCCCUGUGUGUUCCCCACGCAGACUGGGCAGGGUCCAAAGCAGGUUUUGCAUGCCAGGCAGGAUUUAGCAGGGUCCAAAGCAGGUUUUGCAUGCCAGGCAGGAUUUAGCAGGGUCCAAAGCAGGUUUUGCAUGCCAGGCAGGAUUUAGCAGUGGUGGGUAAGGCACAAUCACUUCUCUCCAUGCACAGGCUUUUGUGCUUGCUAGUACUGGUGAUGUGGAGGUUUCCUCCGAGGAAUGGGUGUGGGUUUUGGCUUCUUUUCUAAAUUUAUACUGCUCUAACUAAAACUGAAAAAAAUCCCGCUUGGAAUCAUUUGUUGGAAGUAAUCUUGAGCUGUUUUUGAAAGAGAAAGUUGUGUAAUUAUCAAGUUUUCCACCUUAGCCAAGAAACAAACAAUUCUGUAGGGUCAGAUUUUGUCUACUGCUCAUUCCAAGUGUGUUUUGGAGCAGAACUUGGUUUCAAGAACAUUUUUGCUUAGCCUGUUAUUACCUGGUCUAGGUUUGGAUUCCAAAUGUGGACAAAACACCUUUUGACUUAAAUAGGGGUGUGUGAGGGAGUGAUGGGAGAGCAGAUCCUUAGUGCAGUUCACACUCAGAUUUUAAAAACCCCCAUGAUUUGAAACCUCAUGUUGCUAAGGAAAUAGCAUCAUGUAAAAUUGUGUGCAGCUAGGAAGGAAACCAGUGCAAUUCCAGUGAGAGCUGUUAGCAGUUUAUACUGGGUAUCAGGUAUAAUACUUUGGAAUAGUCUUGCUGAUCUCAGAAUGUCCAUUUUGCACCAGUGAAGGACGGUCUGAUCUCUGUCCUCACACCUCACACCCCCAUGCACAGUGGAUCCCCUGCCUUCCCUGCUGAAACCAGGAGGCACAGACAAAAUCCAUCACUGUGUUAGGCAAACUCCCACCUGAUUCUUAACUCAUCACUCCACUUUUUAUGCAAAAUUUGCAUCCAUAUGUGUCAGGGUCUUGCAAGCACUUCACCUGUGAGUUAAUAAUGUUGAUUUUAAUUCACCAGAUUCAAAUUCACACUAAACCUGAAGGGCAUUUUGUGCUUCUUUUCAUCCUGUUUAAGGAUAUUUGUAGGCAUAUUAGUAGUUUAAACUUAAGUUGUGGGAUGAAACACUAAUAUUUCUGUGCUGCUAAACAAAACCCACCAGAAAUAUUUUAAAAUCUCAAAUUACACUUUGAAAAACAUUUUUUACCUGUUUACUUGAAUAAUGUCAAUUUAAUGUGUUGUCUUGAUCAGUUUUUGUACAUAUACAUGUGUAUAUAUAUGUUAUAUAUAAAUAUGUAUAUGUAUAAAGUUUUUGGGGAGAAUGAGGGGCAAGACAGAAAUCCAGUGUUGUGACAAAGAUUCUGCAGUCAUUUAUUAACAGUUUCAAUUAAUGUAUUGUUGUUUUGAGUUUGAUUAGAAGUUAUUUGCAGUUGAACUAUGACAAAUGAAAUGCAACUGAGAAAAAGAGAAUUCACAACAUUAACUUAGGAUUUUUUUCACAAAAAAAUAUUAAUUACUAGUACAGUUGGAAGAAUACUCUUUUUUGGAUGGGGGAAAAGAACUGCAGGUGUAAUAGUUUGUAUCAAUUACAUGGAGCACUAACCUACAUUGCACUAGGAGAAAUUUGCAUGCCAAAAGUAAAAUUUUACCAGAAAUCUUGGAACUAUUCAAUUCCAUACACAGUAAACUAAAAAGCCAAUCACUUCUGUGUUUACUAGUGCAGUUUGCUGUAACACUCUCUAAAGUGUCAUACUUCAAACCAAAGUGUAAGUCACAAAAUUCCAAUUACUAGCAAAGAAUAGUGGAGAUCUGAAGAGCUCUUAACACCUGGGGAAAUAAAUCAGGAUGUUAGAGUAAAAAUAAAAGAAUAUUGGUGAAGUGGAAUCAACCAUAAAAUAAUUAUUUUUUUUAGAGAAUCCAGAAUUUCAUUAUAAAAUUCACAGUCUAACGGAUUCUUCAAAAGAAAGGGUUUGGGGAAAAAGAGACGAUCUCAAAUCUAGUUUUGACAUUCCAAUUACUGCCUGUUUUAUUAGCUAGGUUAGCGAAGUGGAAUGAGUUUGAGCACACGCAGCUGCAGUUGCUGUGUGCUGCAGACACGUGAGCACCCAGCUCCCUGCACCCCCUGUCCCUCCCUCUGAGAUCUGGGGGAGGCUGGAGGAGCUGGGAGCCUCACACCCCUCCUGUGUUCACAUCCUGUCUCACUGCACUUCACCCCGACCAUCUUCUAACCCAGUGCAUGACUGAGUGCUAAUACUGUAUAAAUAUUUUGAAACAUAUCUUAAAAAAAUAUAAAAAUGUUUGCUUCAAACUUUUUAUGAUAGAGAAAUAUAUAAUUAUUAUGGUUGUCUUACAGAUUGUAUUGUGUUCAUUUUUUUUUUUUUUUGUUAAAUAUGUAGAAAAACAUUAAGGGAAUGGGGGACUUGAAUGUCUGUGUGUACUGAAAUGUAUAUAACUAUUUGGAAGAACACAUGUGCCAAGUAUAACAUGAUGUAAAAAUUGUAAAUAUAUUAAAAAUUCAUUUUUCUAAUAAAGAUAAUUUCUGCCAAUUAAUAUGAAAAGGAACAAUGGUAUCAUUCUUGUCUGUCUUCCUUGUUAAAUGGGACAAGAUGAAGCAUCACCUACGAAGAAGGUUUGCAUUUGUUUUUUCCUUAGCCACUGAUGUGAUUUGAAGGGUGUUAACAGCCACAUGUUUUGAGACAUCCUUUGCUGUUAGAAAUUAACGAAAGGUGAAGAUGCCUGAAGCUAAAGCUGACAGUAUGUGCUUGGUGAUCCCGAUUUGAUUUAAUUCACAAAGAGGAUGGAGACAAUUAACUUAUGCAAAAUUGCUUUGUUGUGAGAAUGAUGCUUUGGGAGGAGCUCAGGAGCUCGGUGGAGGACUGCCCCUUCACCUGGGGCACCACCGAGGGCCUGCAGGAGGAGGUGAUCCAGCUGCAGAGGGGCAGGAGAUCUUUGGCCCCUGUGGAGGCAGAAUCCAGCCUGAGAAGGAGGUGUCCAGCCAGGAAUGAGCCACCCCUGAGAGGAGCUGGAGCUAUGGAGCUCACCCAGGUGAGGAUGGAGGAGAGCAAGGCAGGGGGUGAGAAAACAGCAGUCCUGUCUCCAUCUGCUGUGACUUUUGGUUCCCACAAACUUGCCUAAUGUUCUGGUUAAUCAAAAUUAAUCAAAAUGUAAAUAAAAACAGAGGUUUUAGUGGAGCAUUUAAAAUUAGUUCUAAGGUUUGAC